AUGACGACUGACGGUCUCAUAGCAGUCAGUCCUCUCUAUAUCAAGCUAGCAUUCACCUCCUUCAAAGUCGUUGACAAGUCAGUUGAAAUGAGCAAGACGUCCGAAGAGAGUGCUGGGCACUUUGCAACGGCGAGGCUUCCCCUCUUCCACGGUCCCCUCAUUACAAUUCGAAUCCAAAACGGCCGUGAAUAUACAGUCUCAAAAGAGCUGCUCUGCGCAGAGUCACCAGUCUUUACAGCCAUGUUCGAAGGUCCUUUUCGAGAAGCCCAAGAGCAGACAGUAAACCUCGAAGAAAUGGAAGGCGUUAUCUCUCAGCGAAGCCUUGAAGCACUUCUCCAAUGGUUAUACCUUGGGGUCGUCAAAUUCGACAUUGAAACCCCCGGAGAACAUAUCUCCGCUGCCAUCGAGCUUGCAAGGCUCGCCGACAAAUACGGGGUGACCAGGAUUGAACCACAGCUAUCAAAUAUUAUCAAGGAUACUAUUCUUGCUAACCCCGAUCCCACUGCGACGGAGAAAUUCACCCCUAUCGACAACAACACCUAUUGGCUAAAUGACCAAGACAUUAUUUCGGCAAGUUUCCUGCGCGAUGGACAUCCCGUUCGCCCUCUGUUGGCUCAAGCCUCCGUCAAAGGGUUUCUCCAAAAUCGAAAGCAUAAAUUCGCCAAGAUUGCUCAGGAAUACCCCAGAUUUGGAGCUGACCUCCUGCAUGAAGUCAGCCUGGCCCUGAGUACCCUGAGGCCCCAUAACACUGUUGACUUUGAAGACCCCAUUGACAGGAAAAGAUGGUACAUGAGAAGAGAUUGA